AUGGACAAGAACCCGUCCAAGAAUAUCGUGGAGAUGUUGAAUCUCAACGCUUCAGAUCCUAAAGAGCAAGGUAUCGCGAACGCCCUCAUCCAGCGCUUCGAUAAGGACCAUUUUCAGAGACUUCUUCUCGAGUGGGUGGUCGACGCCAACGUCUCCUUUCGCCAGCCCGAGCACUGUCGUCUCCGACAUAUUUUCGAAUACCUGAAUCCAUCGGUCGCAGAUGGAGUUCCAUCAAAGCUUGUCCUAGGCAUGCCGGAGCUGAAGAUCUCGCACUCGGGAGAGAAUAUCGCAGCCCAGAUCCUCGAGAUCCUAGAGAGCUAUGAGAUCCUCGACAAGGUGGGCUAUAUUACACUGGACAACGCUGGGAAUAUGGAUACGGCGACAGAGGAGAUUGCAGAGGCACUGGGCUUCGAUCCGAAGAAGCGGAGGGUGCGAUGCUUUGGCCACGUGCUCAACUUGGUGGUCAAGGCCCUAUUAUUUGGACACAAGUCCGACGCGUUUGAGGCGAAGAUUAACGGGGAGCCUGUUCUUGACGCGGUCCAGCAUGAAAUCUGGCGAAAGAAAGGCCCAGUCACGCUUGAGUUCAGGAAAAAAUGCCGCAAUGGGAUGAGAAGGGCAAAAGAGAUGCCUUUGUGUCUCCGCGAGGAGAGUCUUCUCAGUGAUAAUGACUGGAAGGUCAUUGAGUUGAUGGAUAGGGUGCUUGUUGACUUCGAAGAAGCACUCCGAAUGCUAGAAGGCGACGCUCAGAGUCGAGUUCGAAAAGGAGGCCGCAUUGAAGCAUACGGAAACAUGUGGGAUGUUGCCUCAACCUACGAAUUCCUGAUGGACAGACUAGAGGAGUGGAAAGCAGUAGCGGAGAAGUUCCCCGAUCCAGAGCACCUCAAGGCUAACAUUAAUCUGGGCUGGGAUAAGUUGAACGACUACUAUACGAAGCUUGACGAAACGCCAGCAUACUAUGCUUCUGCUAUUUUAAAUCCGGUUUCGCGAGGCAAAAGAAUGGUGAGAAAGCUGUGGGAGGAGGAGUACAAAUCGCUGCCGAUCCCUUCGAUGCCUGACGAAGAGCAGGACUUCGUCGCUGCCAAACGAAUCUUCCUCUUUGGAAAGUUCACUGAAUCCGGACCAUGA